AAUGAAAUGUCAAAGCUGUCAAAGUCAAAGUAUCGUAUCAUAUUUACGAGUAUAGUGAAAAGUGAUAAAUUCUAAAAAGACAGAAUUAAUAUUGUAUUACUAAGAAAAUUCUGGAUUCUGGAGUUCACCAGCAAUAAUUCAUAAUGCCGUAUGCUAAUCAACCCUCAGUUCAUAUAACUGACCUUACAGAUGAUAACUGCAAGUUUUACAUUGAAGACACAGAUUUGAGUGUUGCGAAUAGCAUUCGCCGCGUCCUUAUUGCCGAAACUCCUACUUUAGCCAUAGAUUGGGUAAAACUAGAAGCUAAUUCAACAGUACUGGGUGACGAGUUCCUAGCUCAUAGAAUUGGCUUGAUACCUUUAGUUUCAGACGAAGUUGUCGAAAGGUUACAAUACCCCAGAGAUUGUGUAUGCUUAGAUUUCUGUUCAGCAUGCAGUGUCGAGUUUACUUUAGAUGUAAAAUGCACAGACGAACAAACACGACAUGUAACUACAGCUGAUUUUAAAUCUAGCGAUCCUAGAGUCAUACCAGCAACUUCCAAACACAGAGAUGAAGAAUCAUCUGAAUAUGGAGAAACUGAUGAAAUUUUGAUAAUCAAAUUGAGAAAGGGACAAGAGCUCAAAGUUAAGGCUUAUGCUAAAAAAGGUUUUGGUAAAGAGCAUGCCAAAUGGAACCCUACCUGUGGAGUGGCCUUUGAAUAUGACCCUGAUAAUGCCAUGAGACACACUUUGUUUCCCAAACCUGAUGAAUGGCCAAAGAGUGAAUACAGUGAACUUGAAGAUGACCAAUAUGAAGCUCCAUUUAACUGGGAAUUGAAACCAAACAAAUUUUUCUACAAUGUGGAAACUGCAGGCCUAUUGAAGCCAGAAAAUAUUGUUAUAAUGGGUGUUGCUAUGUUAAAAGAGAAAUUAUCUAAUUUGCAGACCCAACUUAACCAAGAGUUACAAGAUGCUUUGGCCAUUCCAAUUUAAAAAAUGAUAAUAUUUUAGUUUGUAAGAAUUCAGUAAACGUUUUUUCAUUAGUAAUGUUUUUAUUUGCAAAAUCUAUUGCUACAGCUUGGAAGUUCCAUAGGAGUGCCUUCUUGGACCUCAUCCUCUGAAACAUUCUUAUUAAUUAUAUUUAUGAAAUAUUCAAAUGUCCUUUUAUCUGCAUACAAUCUAAUGGCGUUUUCCAUUGGCACUGGCAGUAUGCACUAAGCAUAUUUGUGUCCUUGUUUAACGUUAUGAAAAAGAAGAAAGUGAGAAUUCGCUCAAAACAAACUGACCAUGUCAAUGGAAAAUGCCAUUAAAUUUUAAUGAUUGUUCUGUAAUAUUACUGAAAAUUAAUAUAGUAGUAUUAAUUUGUAUUUUUCGCAAAAAAAAUCAUAUUAGUCAUAAGUAGUGGAUAAAAAAUGACCAAAUCAUAUAAAAAAAUUAUAAAUACAUAAAUACAACUGAGACAAAUAAACUUUUUAUUAACUAAUACAAUAUACAGUACAAACGUAUUAAAAAGCUGCUUAUCAUUACAUUAUAUGUAGUGAGAACUUACAAUAAAUUCAACAGCUCAGUUCUAAGAAAAAGGAUUAUUGCAUUUAUUUGUUCGGAAUGUAUAGAAUAAUAUACAAUAUGGAAAGAUAUCCUACUCUUUUUCUUAAUAAAUGAUCCAUAACACUCAUACAAAUAUAUUUUAUUAGAAACGUUAUCGAAAACAAUGAGAUAAAAUAUACCCGCACAUACAUCAGAAAAAUAUGUUUCUAUUUUCAGUUUUUAAGCACAUUGAUAAAAUAUAUAUUUUUUUCUCUAUCGUUUCAAAAAAUGAAGUAUCUUCACUCUUAUAUUAGUAGGUGUAUUAAUAUUUUUAAUUGACACAUUAAAUACAUACAGGAAAGGAUAUAUAGAUACUGGAUGUCUUACUAAGUAACUGAUAUACCUACCGGGUAACAAUGAGACGAGGCCAAGUUAAUCAAUUUCACUUAUAAAGCGAUUUGGGAAAAACCUACUAAACAUUCACCAUUAAGUUGGAUUUUUUAAAUUAAUCAUUCUGUAUAUUUUGUUUUUGCCAUCUGCGGUUUAAAUUGUGUAUGACAGUGUUGCCAAAUUUUCUUUUUUCCCAAACAAAUUUGGUUUUUUGAGGUAGAAGGCCAUGAACUGUAAAAUAAAGUUCUAAUAGCCUCGAAUAACUCAAUUAAGUUAAAAAUAACUCUUUCACUUUUUCAAAUGGCACCAAUUGAGAGCCAUUCAUCUUUAGAUGGAAAAUUUAAUUAUCCACCACUUAAAACGUUUUCCAGUUCAUAGCUUUCUAAAAAAAAAGUAUUUGGGAAAAAAUUAAAGUUUAGCAACACUGUCGUAUGUUAUUUGAUACGUAGAUUUCAAAAAUCAAAGGAUACAUGUUGAUAUCCAUUUAAAAGACCAAAUUUAUUAGCAUUUCCGGUAAAACCGGAAGUUGGUCAUUUUGUUUAAGUAUAAGUUCCAAUUCGAAAUCAUAUGUAUUCCAAACUUAAGUCUUAUUGUCAUCCGGUAGAUCAAAGGAAAAUAGAAUUUCUUAGUACAAUUAUUUAUAUAAAUAGUAUUUAAUUAAAGUUAUGCCUGAGGUUUUUAGAGAGAUAGUUUAAACCUUAAUGGCUAUUAAGGUAGGUAACGGCGCACUCAGAUAUUAUAUUUGGGUGAAUUUUAAGAUUUUGUAGUGAUAAAUAUUAUAGAAUAAAUUGCUACCAAAUUAUUUAUAUUUCAGAGGGGGUUUGGGUUGUAACCCCUCAAAUUUCACUUGAGUGCGCCACUGAAGAUAGGAAAAUGUUUCUGGUAGUCUACAAGCUAGCGGACCAUCAGGCAAGGGCGGCUCCAAGACGAAUUUUCGAGGGGCGGGGGUGCAUUGCCUUUAGCCAUUCCCUUUUUAGCAUAUUUUUUUGAAUAAAAGGCCUAUAAAUCGUAAGAAUUUCACCUCGGGGGGGCCAUACCCCUCUGAGCCGCCUUUGCCAUCUAGGAGGGUCAUCUGCACGGAUUUAAUUAAGAACGCCUGCAAAGAUGAAAAAAAUAUUUGCAUAUCACCCCUUUAA